GAAGGAUGACUUUGCAGUACGGAGGAGUCGUUAUCCCGCCGUGGAGCAUCGGCGGCACUCCAAUUAGGGCACGCAAGACGACGGCGCCCUUCGUGGUGGCCCUCUGCCAUCCUCUCCACCGCGACGCCGGCUCACGCCAGCUGCGCAUUCAACUCGACCAACUUCGCGCCGAGGCGGAGGCCACCCGCUCCAAAGCCAAUGCUGCACGAUUGAGGCUCAUGCGUCUAACAGAGGCAGCUGAGAAUCUUCGAAGCAGAGCUGCUAUGAGCAUCCAAGUUGGAAAGGAAACUGAGGCAAGGGAGCUACUCAUACAAAAGAAGAAGUUGAUGCAGGCCUUAAAGAAAUCAAAGAAUCGCAUUGAGGUUCUUGAUAAGCUUUCAUCAAAGAUUAAUGAGGCAAUUUCUCUGAAGGAAACACAACUAAUUGGACAAGUUGCCAUUCAACCUGAAGAUAACAUAUCAGAUUCCUGUGGACAGAUUCAUUUUGUUUCCCCAAAAGAGGAUACUGUUGAAGUAUCAAAGUCAAAAGACUCUUCAAUUUUAUCAGAACAAUGUGAGCAUCAAGAUCAUGAUGUUGGAAAUUAUGAAGACAAACCAUCAGGAGACAGUGGACAACCAACUUUUCUGGCAUCUGUGAGCAGUGACAUGUCGAAUUUUCCGAAGAUGGUUGACAGUUCAGAAGGCUUCCAUGAGCACAUACUCGAGAAUAUUGAUAUGCAACUUAAAUUACUGGAAACAGACAUUGAAAAUUUCUUAAGGUCUCAAUCCGUGACAGAAGAAACCAAACAGAAGCAGAUGAAUGAAAAACUAGAGAAACUAUCAGAGAUACUCAAGCAUGUACUCAGCAUCAGAGAAAGGAUCGCAAGCAUGGUGGAAACUAGAGCAGAUGAUGGGAACUAAAGCUGGGAAUUCAUGAUGUUUUUGCUUGCUGAGGUGCCAACCUGCUUCCAGUAAUUAGUAGAAGUGGCAACUGAUCAUGAUCUGUAUGGUGUUUAUGGUCUCUAAAGGGCAGACCAACACAGUUCCAUCAUCUGGAGUGAUCCAAAUAGGUUUGCCAAAGCCAACCCUCGACUCUGUGAGUAGCUGAGAUAAAUCAUUCUGGACUAGCAUGAUUUUUUUCAGGUAAACAAUCAUUGGAGUAUGUGAAGCAGUCUGAGGUUCUUAAGUUGCUAUUGGCCAUCCUGGCAGAAUACGAUUGCGUCAUCAGCAAACUUGAUCAUAUGAACUGCCCCGAUUACACAUUCUAUUGCAAGCCCUGAAAAUAAGAUCUCCCUCCGGCCCUGCAGCAAAAGGUGAUAAAGGUCGGUGAAGAGGAAGAGAGAAGUUGGUAUUAAGUGAGUCACCUUGCCUUGAUUCCUGCUUGCAUCUAUACCACCAUCCAGAAAAUCCAUGCAUGAAAAUUGUCGAUUUGUUUGAACAAAGAAGAGAAACAAUCUGACUCGUUUAGCUCCAAAUUUGGGAGAAACUGCAGUAUUGUGGCUGAGCCAAAUGCCAUUUUAUAAGUUCAGCUUCAGAAAGGUACGGGUUUACGCUCGAGAUUCUCUUGUAAGGGGUUAGAUUAUGCGUUGUCAUGAAAUAAUCUCCAUCCCAUCUGUGCUUAACAAAGUCAUGUUUGUAAUAGAGGAUUUUGUUAAUAUGUUCUCAACCUCUUAUUUUUGUUUUUUUUUUUGCUUACAACAUAUUGCUUUAGAUUGUCAUCAUUUAUUUUUCGAUUAAAAGAUUUGGACAGAAA